CUCUAUUCUCUUCGACCCUUAAUGUGAGCGAACCUCUGACCGAGUUCCGGCGGAAGUACGGAUCACGGCCUUGUCACAAAAGAAAUGGCGAGCGGAGUCGGUAAACACAAAAUCCUGAACGUGGGUCCGACGGAGGCAUGGUCCGUCAGGGAGAAGCUCUGCCUGGCCUCCUCCGUCAUGAGGAGUGGCGACCAGAACUGGGUGUCGGUGAGCAGAGCCAUCAAGCCUUUCUCAGAGACCGGACGGCCUCCCGACUGGUUUUCCCAGAAGCACUGUGCCUCUCAAUACUCUGAGCUGCUGGAAGCCACAGAAGCCCCCAAGCGUAAGCGCGGCGAGAAGGGCGAGGUGGUGGAAACCAUCGAGGAUGUGAUUGUACGCAGACUGACGGCCGAGAGGAUAGAAGAGCUGAAGAAACUACUGCGAGACACACAGGAACAGUAUAGGAAGUUGAAAAAGGACGUGGACCUGAUCCAGACGGGCCACAUGGACGUCCAGCUGAAGGAGCUGUGGACCGACAUGACGCUAAAGAAGAAACAAGACGAAGACGAGGCCGAGCAGAAGAGAAAAGCCACUGAGAAUGCUUUUCAGGCUCGCCAGGCCAUGAAGAACACCCCUAAACGGGUGCCCAGCGUUACGGUGCGCUCUCCGCUGGGUGCCAGCCCCCCCGGCCUGGAGCCGCCGGCAGAACCCGCCGCCCCCGCGCCCCCCACGGACCCCAGCCCAACCCCAACCUCCACCCCCACCUCCGUCGGCCCCUCCUCCGAGGACACGGGCAGCCACCACACUUCCCAGGGAGUCGGAGUGUUCCUGCCCGUCUCAGAGCCCCCGGGGGUCGGGCCUAAAGACGGAAGCCUGGGCCCUCUGGUAGAUGACUCCCCACAGAAGAGGUGCCUCACCCAGAAGGCCACGCCGCCACCCUCCCCCCUGCUCUCUGAGCUGCUCAAGAAGGGCAACCUCAUCUCCGCCAGCCCCCGCCUGGUAGCGGAGGGCGACCUGACAGCCAGCCUGUCCAAUGGAGUGCAGACAGCCACGGCGACUGUUCCCAUGCCAACCAGCCUGCAUGACAUCACCGCCGAGGGGGAGGCGGAGGCCGGGGUGAAGGCGGAGCUGGGGGCAGAGCCGGGCCUGGUGGAGGAGGACCUGGUGGCCGUGUCCUACAUGGGGGACGAGCUGGACCUGGAGACGGUGGGGGACAUCAUCGCCAUCAUCGAGGAGAAGGUGGAUGACUCUGUGGAGGCGUUGGACGCGGCGGCGGUGGAGGAGGCGCUCUCCCUCUGCGAGGAGGCCGACUCCGGGUCCCACCCGCUACCGGGCCCCUGGGAGACCCAGACCCAGGACUCUGAGCCCGGGAGCCCCGUCCUGGGCCCCCUCCAGGAGCCCCCGGGGCCGGCCGUGGCCCCGGCCGUCUCCCCGGGCCCCGCCCGCGCCGAGACCCCCGUUCCGCCGGAGCCGGCGGGGGACCAGCAGCUCCCGGCCGGCAGGGAGGGGCCGGAGGCGGCGGGGAACGAUGAGGUCACUUCCUCCAUGGCCUCUGACGACUGCACCAUGGGGGGCGAGGCGGGGGACGGGGAGGGGCCGGGGGGGGAGAAGGAGGAGCCCGAGGUGGUGGUGAAGAGCGAGGGGGAGGAGUGGAGCCAGCAGGAGGUCAACCCGCCCUGUCUGGACUCUGAGGACAGCUCUGUGUCGGGGAAAGAGUCAAAGGAGGUGAAGGAGGAGGACCCGGGCAGCGAGGCGGAAGAGAGCAUGGAGCUGAAGGAGGAGUGUGGCGAGGGGGAGGGGCCCUACCUGUCGGAGGUGGAGCGGGCGGCCAGCGAGAGCGAGGACGGCUACGGCCCCUCCUCCCAGCGCUACACCACGGCCGACUCGCUGGCCAGCAGUCCCGCCUCGUCCUCUCAGUUCUCUACGUGCGGGGAGGACCAGGAGGCCGUCCAGGCCCAGAAGAUCUGGAAGAAGGCCAUCAUGUUGGUGUGGAGGGCGGCGGCCAAUCACAGGUACGCCAGCGUGUUCCUGCAACCCGUGUCAGAUGACAUCGCCCCGGGGUAUCAUAGCAUAGUGCACAGGCCCAUGGACCUGUCGGCCAUCAAGAAGAACAUCGAGGCGGGGGUGAUCCGCACCACGGCUGAGUUCCAGCGCGACAUCAUGCUGAUGUUCCAGAACGCCGUCAUGUACAACUCGUCGGACCACGACGUGUACCACAUGGCGCUGGAGAUGCAGCGCGACGUGCUGGAGCACGUGCAGCAGUUCCUCGCCACGCAGCUCAUCAUGCAGACCUCGGAGAGCGCCAUCUCCACCAAGAGCCUGCGGGGCCGCGAGGGCGGCCGCAAGCCCGGGGAGCCCGCCGAGAAGCGUACUGUACGUAGCAGCAGCACACGGGCACAGACAAAUGGACGUAUGGACGGGGGCACCAGGGGCCGCCGCAGCGCCAUGGAGGCUGACCUCAAGAUGAAGAAGUAGAGAAGAAUCACCAGACCUCGGAGCGAGACGGCUGAGAGACCUCCAGAGAGAGAGAGAGAGAGAGAGAGAGAGAGAGAGAGGGACACCCUGUCAUGCCAAAAUGUAGAGUGCAGAUGAUAUCAUAGUUCUGGGUUAGGUGUCCCCCUUUAACAGGCUACUCUCUCACACAUGCCUCCAUGUGUGUGUGGGUAGGUGUGUGUGGAUGUUAAUGUGUGGGCAGAAGCGUACAUCAUUUAAAGGCUCCAGUGUGUCCUUGUGUUCGCUCUCCAGAUCAGGGCUUGGCUGAACCCUGAUCGGGUGUGCUCCUUUUCCCCAGUAACCGGUCUUAAGGGAUCCAUGUUAUCUAGUCUUUGGGAUGCGCCGGUAGCUACGCCGGACUUCAGUGCUGUCGAGAACGCCUCUUAAUACUGAACGCCUGCACACUUUAAUGACGUUGCAGUGAAUCCCGUCGGACCGUUAAGCAAUAGAUUGUUUCCCCCCCCCUCCCCUUUAAAUUAUUUGUGUUGAACCACGCCAUGUUUGUGACUUUAUUAAGUCUUCCGAAGGUUAAAACAUUUCCCCCCCCCCCCCCCCCCAAGAGUUACCGGGCCAAGAAAGCAGAAUUGGUGACUUUGACAAACAUCCAAGUGAGCAGCCCAAGUUCAGUCUCCUGUGAUAUAGCGGUAGAAAUCUGGAAGUCGGUGUAUACUGUGUCAUGUGCGUGCGUUAGGUUAGAGUACUUGGUUGUGCCGCGGCGAUGGACUUUGUUUGGGGCCAGUGGGUGUUCAUGUAUCCUGUGUUCAGUUGUACAUUUGUUUAUUAAAAAAUAUUAUUUGA